AUCAGAAAGGUGAAGUGUCAGCUGUGUUUCAAAAUAAUAACAAUAAACUCUGGAAAUACAAAGAAAUACUGAUUUUUGUGACUAUAUUUUACAUUAGUGCUCUAUUAUAUACUCAAUAUUCUAUACUGUAGUUAUAUUAGAACUAUUGAGAAGUAUUUAAACAUUAUAAAGUUGAUUCAAGAUUAUCAUAAGUAGUGUUUAUUGCGUACAUUUUUGAAAAAUGGACGAACGAAUCAAGCAAAGGUCAACAAUCACGUAAACAGAAAAAAAAUAAAAAAAUCACGAAAUCGAUCUCUACAAAUUAUAAAUGAAUAAAUAAUAUAAACGUAUUUAAAUUGAAUUUAUUAAGUAAAUAAACAAUAUGCCGGCAAUAUUGACCAAAAUACGGGAGCAGGCGUUCAGAGUACAGCCCAGCAUCGCUGUAGGCGUGGGAGUGGGCGUGGCACUCGCUGCAUGUGCUGUCUACGCCAGGGAAAAGAAACAGCCCCCACCCUGUCAUAACAACAAUAAUUAUAAGGUGGCAAAGAAUGGCACACUUCACGCGGUACAGAACGGUGGCGCGGAGGGGCAGACGUGCGGGCGCUGCGGGGAGGAGCAGUGCGCCCUCUGCCGGGGAGACGCCGACACAGAUAAUAAACAAAAUAUUGCGGAGGCAGACGAAGCCCCGACACCUGAGGAGCACGUGCCGGGCCUGAACCUGGAGUUCCUGCGGCAGCUGCUCUCCCUGGUUAGAAUCAUGGUGCCAGGACUGCGCAGCCAGGAGGUCGCGCUUCUGGCAGCUCACACGCUCUGCCUCUUCUCCAGGACAUUCCUCUCGAUAUACGUUGCCUCGCUGGAAGGGUCUAUUGUAAAGCACAUAGUACAAAAAGACCUGCGUCACUUCACGUCCCUGCUGGUGCAGUGGUUCGGUAUCGCGGUGCCGGCCACAUUCGUCAAUUCAAUGAUCCGAUACUUGGAGGGUCGUCUCGCGCUCGCGUUCCGGACGCGUCUCGUCAACCACGCGUACGAGCUAUACUUCAAGAACCAGACUUACUACAGAGUUGCUAAUCUUGAUGCCAGGAUAGAGAACGCGGAUCAUAGGCUGACCGAGGACGUGUCAGUGUUCACGCAGUCAGUGGCACACUUGUACAGUUCUCUGACGAAGCCCUGCUUCGAUUUACUUCUCAUCGUGCUCACUCUAGCUACGUACUCCAACAAGAUGAAGGGCAACAUCUUCAUAGGUCCAGGCAUGGCGACAGUGGUGAUCUGCCUGACGGGGCAGCUGCUGCGGCUGCUGAGUCCCCGGUUCGGUGCGCUGGCUGGCGAGGAGGCGCGCAUGAGGGCCAACCUGCGCCACGCUCACAGCCGCCUUAUCACGCACGCUGAGGAGGUCGCCUUCUACGGCGGACACAAGGUGGAGCUGGGCCAGCUGCAGAGCGCGUACAAGCAGUUGGUGGUGCAGAUGACGACGGUGUUCAACAAGAAGCUGUGGUACGUGAUGCUGGAGCAGUUCUGCAUGAAGUACGUGUGGUCCGGCACCGGCAUGGUCAUGCUCGCGCUGCCCAUACUCACGGGCAGGCGGAGUGAUGAGAGCAACGACGAGGGCAUCAGCGCGCGCACAGAGUACAUGACCACGUCCCGCAACCUGCUCAACUCUGCAGCAGACGCCAUCGAGAGACUCAUGUCUAGUUACAAGGAGGUGGUGACGCUGGCGGGGUACGCGACGCGGGUGUCGGACAUGUUGGUGGUGUUCGGGGAGGUGGCGCGGGGCCGCUGUGUGCGCGCUGUGCACGCCACCCCCACACACCCCGGCUUCCAGGUCACCUUCCGCGAGCGACAGCCUGUGCCACUAGGUAAAAUAACAUAUACAAACGACCUGUCAAUCCGGCUGAACAAUGUGCCGAUAGUGACGCCGACAUGUGACGUGGUGGCGAGCGGUGUGACACUGCAGCUGGCGCCUGGCACACAUCUGCUCAUCGUUGGACCCAACGGCUGCGGAAAAUCCAGUCUGUUCCGCAUAAUAUCUGGUCUAUGGCCCGUGUUCGGAGGCGAGCUGGCGGUGCCGCGUCCCUGCGCGUGCGCACACUGCGCCGGCGAGCCCGCCGCGCCCCCGCACUGCGCAUCCAGACCUGUCAUGUUCUACAUACCGCAGAGGCCGUACAUGUCAGUGGGGUCGCUGCUGGACCAGGUGACGUAUCCGUCGCGCGCAGACGCAGCGGACACGGAGGCGGAGUCGCGCGCCGCACACAUACUGCGCGUCGUGCGACUGGACGCGUGCGCCGCGCGACUGGGCGGACUGCGCGCCACCGCCGACUGGCGCGCCACGCUCUCCGGCGGGGAGAAGCAGCGCCUCGCCAUGGCCAGGAUGUUCUACCACAGGCCGGUGUACGCGUUGCUGGAUGAGUGCACGAGCGCGGUGUCUCUGGAGACGGAGCUGGUGAUGUACGAGGAGGCGGUGCGCUGCGGCAUCACCCUGCUCUCCAUCACGCAUCGCCCUAGUGUCUGGAAAUACCACACCCACGUGUUGGAAUUUGACGGAGCUGGAAAUUGGUCCUUCAGAACUCUGGAUAAAGACGCCCCCAUACCUACCCCCGGACCCCCCUCCAUCUCCUCCGAACCUACCUCCAGCCCCCCUGACAGUGGGGGGGAGCAGUGACACUAGAAAAGGAUAAUUGCUAAUAUUGUUGUCACUCUACUGGCAAUACUAAAGAAAGGCAAGUAAUAAAAGUGUCAAAUGCAAAUCUGUAUAAUUUUGUAUGACAAAUAGGUUUUUUUUUUGUCUAAAUAUGUCUAAGACAGAGUCUAGGAAAUAUUAGUUAGGUAUUACUUUUAUAAAGUAAGAUUUUUUAAUAUUCUGAAUUUAAUUCAACUUUAGUUACCAAAUGGUAUACAAAACUUGACUAUGGCCUAAUCACCCUUAAGGUAGGCUCCGAGCCCCUCGGUGGGGACGUAAAGUGAGCUGAUGAUGAUGAUACAAAACAGUUUUUAUUUUAUCAUACUGUAAAUAUAGUUUGAAAUACAAUUUACCUAACAAUAAUUAAGAAUUUCCAAUUCCCUCUGUAAGUAAUAAGUUUUUUUUUUAAUUUGAAAUUGCUUUUUGAGUAUCUCUAUUGGACCACAGAUUAUGUAUUUUUUUAUCGUAAUAUUAACGGGUUUAAAAUUUAAUUGUGAUUUAAUUUUUUUUAAGUGUGAUUUCAACGUUAAUUAUAUAAGUUAGAUUUUUUUAAAUAUAAUUAUUGCCAGAUUAAGUUACAACUGUCAUUCAGAGGCUGUCAUUCCGUCGUGGAUGUCAUUUUGACACUUGGUUUAGGUUAUUUUUGACAGUUUUUUUUUAGUUAGUCGCAAGAAUGGCGGCAAUUUUUGAGAUUUGUAUUUCGUAUACCAGUUAUUUAGUUUUGUAAAAAUACAUUUCUUAUGUGAUAUUUUAUUGUAUUGUAUUGUGAAUGUUUGUUUUAUACUUUCUUUUAAUUUUAAGGCUAAGUGAUUAUAAAGGCGUCUAGUUACUACUGGGAAUCAUUUUGCAAUUGAUAUUUUUAUUUAUGUUUAGGUUUUGUCUAAAAAUCACGUAAUUAAAAAUAAUGAGGGCUUAAUAAACAUAAAGGUUUACAUUUUUUUACCUUUCGUAUUUUCUUUUUAAUAGAUUUUGAAAUAUUUGAGUGAUAAUUAGCAAUGUAAUUAUUACAAACCUUUGCUAUCACAAUCCACUAGGCGCCUGUUUUAGUUUAUCGUAUAUUUUUAAAGCUAGAUUUUGUGAUGAGAUUUCUAAUAUGGCUGUUGACUUUUUAUUAUUUUUUACAUAAUAAUUCCAUGUACGUUUAGAGUUGUCACAAAAUAACAGACACGAUUUAUUGCUAGUAUUGUUAAAAAUUAAAAAACAAUGACGUUUGACAUUUUUUAAUUUUGAAUUAUGAAUUUUUGAAUCAUGAUAGUUUUACAAAAGUUUUUAAUAUUUUUUCGUAUUACUUAGGUAAGAUAUCGAGGUUGUUAUAUUGCGACGAUUCUAGAAUGUGCAUAUAAUUUAUUUAUGAAAUCGCCUGAUAUUUUUGUUUGAGCAAAUAUGUACAGUGAUGUCUGCAGGCGGUAUCAAUAGGGAAUAAGAAUAAAUGGGGUUUUAUAAAAAUAAA